UAGUAUAAAGUCCCUUUAACCUUGAGUUCCCUACAAAUAGGUCUUUCCCUCAGAAAAUCUAAAGUUGUGUCUUCUAGCUUGUUCUUAGUUAGGGUUUGAUCGAGCCAAAGUCUAGAUUUUAUUCAACUCACAAACUCACCUAAACUAAAAAAUUAAGCACACUAGGUACCUUAAUUUGCUAUAGUUAUGGCACUUGCAAAAGAUCAUCACCAAACACCCUCUUGUUCUUCUUUUUAUGGUAAUAUGUUAGAAGCCGGUUCAUCCCUCCAAUUCCCUCAUAUAUCCCCUUAUGGUUUUGAUAAUUACAAUAAAAAAGGCGAUAGAGAUGCCCUAGAAAGCCCUAAUAGUAAUAAGAUGGUAAUGAGUUCUUCCCCACCCCUUUCUAGCUCAAGUAGUGCAAAUUCUAGCAAUGGUAGUUUAGUGAUCCAUCAUCAUCAUCAUCAUCCUCACACUUCAAAUAAUUAUCAACCUCAUGAAGAAGCUAACUCCUUGAUUAACUUCAAACCCGGGUAUGAAAACUUCAUGCAAAGUGGAGGUGGAUCUUUACUUAGUUUCCAACAAGAGGAUAACACAACAAAUACUACUUUUACUAAUGAUCAUCACCACUAUCAUCAUCAUCAAAUGUGGGAGGGUAGUACUAGUAGUAGUGGUAUGAGUCAAGAUCACCUCAAAUUAAUCAAGAAUAAUUGUAACUCAAAUUUGCGCCUUUUAGAAGAGGUUAACUGCUUACAAACCUCGAGUGAUGGUGGUGGUGGCUAUCAAGACGAAGAAGCUCAUGAAUGGUUGUAUGCUGAGGCAAUCACCGAUCCUUCUCAAGAAUCAGGAACACAACAAACAUCCUUCAACAAGAGACCUCAUAUGGAGGAAGAAAACAUGCAAGCAUCCAAGAAGCAGUGCACAAAUAGUAGCUCAAAAAAGUCUGCAAAACCUAAAUCCUCCAAUUCAAAGGAUCCACAAAGCGUCGCUGCUAAGAAUCGACGAGAAAGAAUAAGUGAGAGGCUAAAAAUACUCCAAGAUCUUGUCCCAAAUGGAACCAAGGUUGAUUUGGUGACCAUGUUAGAGAAGGCUAUAGGCUAUGUCAAGUUCUUACAAUUACAAGUCAAGGUAUUGGCAACGGAUGAAUUCUGGCCGGUGGCAGGUGGAAAAGCGCCGGAUAUCUCACAAGUAAGGGAAGCCAUUGAUGCAAUCCUUUCAACACAAAGGCCAGAAGGAACAACAUAACAAGAUGAAAUGAAGCUCGGCUCAAAGAGUAGGAUCGGAGAAUUAAGAUGAGACAAAAGGAAUUGAAAUAAUAGUAAAGAAAUAAGAAGUCAUAGGGACAAAGUUCUCAGACAAAUUAAUUAGUUGCAAAAACCUAGGUAACUUAGUACUACUUGGAAGCUCUUGCCUAGAUUCCAUCAAACUCAAAGAGACAAAAUUAAAUAUAUUAUUGUCUUUUAAAUGUUUAUUUGUUUGUAUUUUUCCUAACUUUUACUUUCUUAAUUGUAUGUGAUCAUAAAUUAAAUGUAAUGACAAAAUUUCAAGCUUCUAUUUGAGUUUGACUGUUCAAAUUUCAUAAGUUUUUGCAAAUAUG